AUGUACUUAUCUCGGUAUAAAGUGAUGGGCUUUUCAAUUGAAGUAUGUGGAGGUAACGUUGUAACAUUAACUAUCAACCCCUCUAGGUCAAAGAUAUCGUUCAAAAUCACUCUAACUUCAGAUCCUAAUUUACCUUUCAAGGUACUAAAGAUUCCUGAAAACGCACCAUUUACUGCCGUCUUGAAGUUUGCUGCUGAAGAAUUUAGCGUACCAGCAGCAACAAGCGCUAUUAUCACAGAUGAUGGGAUCGGUAUAAAUCCUCAACAAACAGCAGGUGAAGUGUUUCUUAAACAUGGAUCAGAUUUACGGUUAAUCCCUAGGGAUCGUGUUGGUGGCCUGUGAUAUUCUUUUUCCCUUGUUUAUUGUGAUCACUGUUUUUAUUGACUCAAAGCCGUUGUCAAUGACUACCAGAUUAACAUCACGAAAAGAAGGUGGAUUAUUCGUAUAUUUAUUUUUAUGCUUCAACACUAUUCACUCAUUUAUGACAAUAUUUUUAUUCUUUAUAACAAAGAUCAUUUGUUCAUUAAAUUUUUUUCAUUGUUCUUAUUAUCAUUAUUUGUUAUCGACUGAUACCAGUUUUGUUAAGUGAUAUUGUUUACUUACUUUCUAUUGGUCAUUAACGAUACUUCUUAAAUUUAAAUAAACAAUGAACGUUGUAAACAUAUUCAAAAUGAAUAAAACAAAAGCAUUAAUGUUCUUUUCUCUCGAAGUAUUAUCAUACUAUUGUUUGAACAUAGAGCAAAUAUACUGUGGUGUGUGCUACUUAUGUCGACAUAAAUAGUAUACAACAUUAGUCAGGAAUAGAAUAUCUGGCAUCAGAAGAUCGAGGAAGAAAGGACGGAAACGGAAAUCAAGUGGUUUGGAAAUGCAGGAACAAUGAAGUCUGAAACAAUGAACAUUUUGCAAAUGAAUAUUUACUAUAUGGUUCUCAAAUUUUAC